AAGCAGCUAUAAAAGUCAUAUUGUGUCGUCCCCCCCUUCAUCUUGCUCAUCUUACCUCCAUCUCCUGCCCUUCUGUCUUCUCUCUGCUCCAAUUCCUCUCCAUCACCUUUUGUUUUGCCUUAUUUCUCAGCUGCAAUCAUCCACCCCUUUAUUCAGGAAACAAAAUGGUUAUGACAGAUCUGCUAAAACCUGAGGAGAUCAAGAAAGCUCUUGAUGCCUUCGCAGCAGAAACAUUUGACCCUAAAAAGUUCUUUGAAAUGGUGGGAAUGAAGGCCAUGUCGGCUGAAAACGUCAAGAAGGUCUUUCAGGUUCUGGAUGUGGAUGGUAGCGGAUUUAUAGAAGAAGAAGAGCUAAAGUUUGUACUGAAGGGCUUUUCCAAGGAUGGCAGAGAUCUGACUGACGCUGAGACUAAAGCAUUUCUCACAGCUGCAGACAAAGAUGGAGAUGGCAAGAUCGGCAUUGAUGAGUUUGAAGCCUUAGUGCAUGAGUAGGGGAAAGCUGAACUCCCCUCUUGUUCUUCCUGCUCCUCGUUGUCCCUGCAUCCACAUUUUGUAACUGCGACCUCCAAACUCUUCCUCCCUUUCCUCGCUCUGGACCCCUCACACGGAGUCAGACCAGGCCUGCUCUCUGCAAAACACUACCAAAAACAGGCCAACAGGGAGUCCACCUGAGGAGGAACAUACAGGCAUAACAGGCACCAGUUUCACUUUUCAUUUUUCUUUUUAUAUAUAUAGAUAGAUAUAUAUAUAUUUAACCACACAUGCUGUAUGGAUUUCAGAAGCAUUCUUAAUGAUUUCGCGAGGAUAGUCUGUGGUCAAAAAAGGUGGUACUAGUGUUGUAGAUGGUGUAGAUGUUCUCAAGACUCCUUAAAUCUUAAUUUCCUUCCUGCAUUGCGUCUUGACUGGUUUUAUUUCUAGAUGUUCACAUGUCAGUGCACUUUCCUCCCACUCCUCCUCUUUAUCCACCUUCAUUCACCUCCCUCACCUCAACCACCUCCUCCUUCUCCACCUCCUCCUCCACCCCCUGCCUCUGAUCAGAUCAUGUAGUAAAUAAAAUCAUAUAAGGAGAGCUGUGAAGAGAGAAAAGAUCUCAGUAUGAAAUGAUAAUAAAAAAGAAAACUUGA